AUGGCCAAGAUCAUCAUCAUCGGUGCUGGCAUCUCAGGGCUCAGCACCUAUCUUUUCCUGCGUAAACAUCUACUCCUCUCCAACCCAACUCUCUCAUCCCAAGAAGAACGGUAUGAGAUCAAAAUCUACGAAGCCUACGACAUCCACCCAUCCAGUUUCAGUGGCUCGCGGACGAAUCCCACCACCGGUGACAGCGUGGACGGAUCAACGACGGACCCGCUCCCCGCUGAGACCGAACCAAUCUUCACCCCUCAAGCAAUUGGGUCCGCCAUUGGUAUUUCGCGCAAUGGAUUGAAUGUCCUGGCUCGCCUGGGCGAACCCGUGGAUUAUCAGGGGGACGUCCGGAGUGCGCGGUCGAGCUUGGUCGAGCAAAUGGUCAUUCACGGCCAUCCCAUUGAGCGAUGGGAAAUCAGCACAGCAAGAGGCUUCACACUUGUCGAGGUCGAUCUCGCACGAGUUACUCAAAGGCCAGCCCCACACAAACAUGGACAGUCAGAAGGUCCAAUAACCGCGGCUCAAGAUCUGUGUCGAUACCAUGCCAUCAUGAUCGCGCGCCAAUCGUGCUGGGAGAUCCUCCGCGAUCAUGUCCUGAGAGACUCUCCCGACGUGGUCGUCCACAAAAAAGUCGUCGACGUGGUUAUCGGCGAUGAAAGGACGCGCAAUGUCGUCAAGUUCGAAGAUGGCUCCCAAGAAGAAGCCGACCUGGUCAUUGGAGCGGAUGGACUGAGAAGUGUUUUGAGGCGGGCGAUGUUUCGCACGGGCGAGGGCGGGGGCGAGACGAAUGCGGGUGCACAGAAUCGCGAAGGGCGGUCUACUAGCAGCCAGACAAGAGAAGGAACCUCGAGCUGGCUGCGAACCGUCGUCUCAUACUUCCGUAUCCCGUUCUUCAAGUCCGGACGCUCCGCAGACGCAAAAGCCGCCCAGAGGGAUUACAUAUCGCCACACUACGAAGGCCUCGUCGGCGUCGGCGGCUUUGUGCCUUCGUCCGUGCUAGAAGCUACAGGCCACAAGCCAGGCACCAUGGCCGUCGUGUUCGGACCGAAUGGAUUCUUCGGGUACGGAUAUUUGACAUCAUCCACAUCGCCGACCUCAUUGUCCAACAAUGACACAGCUACAAGAAAGAACGAGACCACUCCAUUAAUAAACCUGCCUCCGCCGCCCUCCGCACCGGGACCCCUGGCAGGAUGGUGGUCGACGUUCUCCAGCCCGACACCGUUUCCGUACUCAACUUCGGCCUCCUCAUCUCCAUCUCCAUCUCCGGCAGCAGGAGGGGUCUUAAACACAACCUCAGCCACAAACAUGAGCACAGUCACGAGCACGAAGGCAACCCGCAAACCCACAGAGUUCAACAAACCGCUCGCCCUGGCCGCCCUGCUCGGCCGCCACGCGAAAUGGCACAACCCGACGAUCCAGGCGAUCUUGUCCUUUGUAGAACAGGACACCGCCACCGCCGCAAAACAGCAGCAGCAACAACAGAAGAAGAAACACAGCCCCGCAGUCGUCACCGCCGACGACGACGACAAUGGCAACCUCGUAUUCAACGGAAAAGGAAAAGGAAAAGGUCUCGACGCAGCUUACCCGACCUGGACGACCCCGGAGCUGCCCUCAUGGUCAUCGCGCGGCCGCGCCGUGCUGGUCGGCGACGCCGCGCACGCGCUGCAGCCGUCGAGCGGGCAGGGCGCGUGCCAGGCGCUCGAGGACGCAGAGGCCCUGGCCCUGUUUCUAAGACAUUACUUGUCGGCGUCGGCAUCAUCGUCGUCCUCGUCCUCGUCCUCGUCGGCGCCGGCGGUUGUAGCUGAUGCCGGUGCUGGGACUGUGGAACAUAGUAGCGCUGGCCCCCCUGCUCCCGCCGGGCCAGACGCAGACGCAGGCGCAGACAUAUGCAAGCGCGAAAACAAAGACCAAGACGCCGACACUCACGUCCACGCGUCGCUCCAGCGCGCCCUCGACGCCUUCGAAACCCUGCGCAAGCCCCGCGUCCACGCCAUCUACACGCGCUCGCAGAAAAUGUCCCGCAUGAAAGGCGACAUGGGCGUCCUCGCCGAGUGGGCCAUGUACCUCGUCAUCUACCUCAUGACGUGGUUCCGCGAUAGCUACAAUGAGGAGUUGCUCGCGUACGAUUUGCCACGGGAGGUGGAGAAAGCUUUGGAGCGCGAACGAAGUGAUGCACGCUAG